AUGACGGCGGCCGCCGCGUCCACGUCCGCAUCAGGCCAUUCCCCCAACCUGCCCGGCGGAGGGCUCGCACCCCUCCUCACCCUGCGCACUAUAGCUCCCCUCCCCCUGUUCUGCAUCCCGCAUGGCGUGCCCAGCGACGACACGCCCAUAUCGUCGUUCAAGCUUGCCGUCCUCCGCAUCCUCACCGGCCAGACCGUCGCCUCGUCCUCUACCAAGCCGCUGACCUUCAGCGAGGAGCUCAAGGAGAAGACCAUCAACGGCUGGAGGAUGGAGAUGCUCAUGCUCGAGCUCAGGCAGGCCGGCGGGCAGCAAGGAGCUCCUAAACCAACUGCGCACAGCGAAGAUGACGGGGUCGGCCAAGCAGAGGAACCCGUCAUCGGCUUCGAGCUCCUUGAUGAACACGAUUGCUCACUCCUCGAGGAAGGAGACGAGAUCGUUGUGCGGCUCAAGCCGGGGCAUCAGCUCAAGGACCUUCAGCUGCCCGAUCUUGGAACCAGGCAUCGGUAUUCGGCGCCCGCCGGCAGCCUGACCCGCGCCGGCACCCUUUCGGCACCGCCCCCUUAUUCGGUCGCGACCCCCACCGAGCCAUCCUCGCACUCGUCUUCAGUUGCAGCGCAGCCCAACGCCAACUACCACCAACACUCGUACCAAGACUACCGCCAGGGCUUCCGCGUCGUCACUGCAAACAACGUCAGCAGCGGCAGGGCCAGGCGCGCUCCCGCUCAGGCCGCCAAUGUCGCAGUCGCUGCUGCUGGAUACGGCCUGGGCUCGGCGGGGCUCGGCGGUGGCCUCAACAUGGUCAGCAGCGUCGCAGCCAAGCCUGGUGGCGGCGUCCGGAAGGUCGGUGCCAGCAACAAGAAGGACAGGUCGGCCAGCGCCGGCGCCGCACAAGCGCCCAAACCUGUCCAUCGGCGCCUCGCAUCGUCCUCGGCAGUCGUCAAGGCCGACCCAACGCCGCCAACCUCGCCUUUGAUCCCAUCGUCGCCGAACCCGGCAAACCAGGCAUCGCACGAUGCUACCGGCCCGCGGCCAGCAUCGGGUAGCCGACGCAACUCCUCCUCCGUGGUCACACAGACCCAGCAGCAGCAGAACGGCACCGCCUCAUCGUCGAGCGUUGCAUUCGGCACGGGCAAGGCAGCGGGCCAGAUGUCUAUGCCUCUGACUGCGCUCGUCAUCGGUCCUGGCGUGCAGGGCGCCGUUGGCCGCAACGCCAACAGCGCAGCCACUCCGAUUGGAUCCUCGGGCGCCGCUGCCAUCCAGGGCGAGGAUUUCGGAAAUGCGAAUGCCUUCGUCGGCUUCACUGCAGCCAGUGGCGAGGUGAGAGCGAGGCCAAAACGGCAAAUGUCCAGGCACAAGAGCGAGGAAGGCAGCGACAGCAUCAGCGGCGGUGGUGCAGGCUCCGAAGCGACGCACGUAACGGCGGUCGCCAAAGCGACAGCGGCUGGUCCAUCCAUGAAGUCGCCGAACCCGGACAGGGCGGCCGCCGCCGAUGCGGCAGAGAGGCGAGCUGCCGCUGCCAAGGUGCAGGCGGCUGGCCUCGCCACCAACAACGGAGAGAGUGGCAGCUCCGGUGACACUGCUCACACUGCACUCAGCCGACCUGCGCGAGAUCGGCAAGCUUCCGGGUCGAGCAACCGCAUGCAGCCGCAAACGAAGCAACCCCAGCCGCCAUCCGCUACCUCUAGGCCGACUCGUGUCGAGCUUCCAGCAGCACCUGUCCUCCCGCCGAUUCAGAACCUCGCGCCUUUCCCCAGCACGCCUACAGCUUUCCUCCUGGAGGAGAGGAAGGAGCGUGAUCUACCGCCGAUGCCCAGCGCCGUCGGAGCCCCUUCGCCCUCGGCCGUCAGCCGGAACUACAUCAACGAAGCAAGCCAGCUGUCCGGGACUGGCCCACAGAGGCCUGGUCAGGGUGGUUUCCUCCGCAGAUUUAGCUCCAAAAGCCAACAGGCAAGCUCGCCGUCGGCCGCGACACCAUCGGCGACGACACCCGGCACCAACGAUCCGACCUCGCCGUUGCGCGAGCACAUUGACGGCGUCGCUCUUGCCGAUGAGGGCGCGCUUCUGGGCGAGGCCAGCGGCGAAUUGACAUCAUCCGCCAAGCUGACAAAGGCCGAAAGACGAUACGCCGAGAUCCAGCAGGGCCUGGCUAAGGAACGAGAGAGGCAGGCGGAAGCAGAGCGGCUGCGGCGAGAAGAGUACCGAGCCGCUGACGAGAAGAAGGCUAAGGAGCAGGAGAGACGCGAGAUCGAAGCACGUCAAAAGGCCGAGGAGCGCAAGUGGGAGAUCUGGGAAGAGGUGAGGAAGCGCCAAAAAAACGGUGCCCCUGUGGUCGUGCCCAUGCCCCAGCCUGGGGCCUCUCCCUCUACAAGCGGACAUGCGCCCGCGACCCGGAGAAAGAAGAGCGAUACAGCGGCCGAGCCGGCUCUCGGCAGCGCGACAGGCGCGGCUGCUGACGUCGCACCGCCUCGGGCUGUGGCAGCACAGAGGAUUGUGAACGGCACCGUAACGGACUCGACAUCCGCGCCCGCGUCGGCUUCCGCUGCCACUCCAUCCCGGGCUGUAGCCGCAACGCCGUCGACAGCGCCUCGCUCGCCUCGACGACCCGCCGUCUCAAUGUCGGCGAGUACGGCCAAGGGCGGCAAAGGUGACGACGUUACGGGGCCCCGAAUCGAGCUGGGCCUUGGGCGUAUCACCGCGUUGCUGCACCGGCUCGGCUCGCCACACCGCGGCUUCCCCGUGAUCCACGUGGCCGGGACCAACGGCAAAGGCUCGACGAUUGCGUACCUCGACGCCAUCCUCCGCAACGCUCUCGACAUCCGCACCGGCACAUUUGUAUCUCCGCACCUGGUCGAGCGCCGUGACUGUUGCCACGUCGACGGCCGCGUGAUCGCCAGGGACGUCUGGCGCCUGGCGCAGGCCGAUGUUCUAGAGGCCGACCAAGGCCUCGACCUCCCGGCGUCGCGACGAGGGCCCAACGACGAUGGCGGGCCCUUGAAAGCGUCGCCUUUCGAGCUGCUGACUGCGCAGAUGUUCCAGGCCUUCUCGCUGCUGGACGACCAGUCGCGGCCCGAGAUCCUCCUCGUCGAGGUAGGGCUGGGCGGGCGACUGGACGCGACCAACGUCUUCGAGCCAUCGCAGGUGCUGGCCUCAGUCAUCUGCCCCAUCGCGCGCGACCACGAAGCGUUCCUCGGCUCGGAUCUGGUCGGCAUCGCGCGGGAAAAGGCCGGCAUCGUCAAGGAGGGCGGACUCUGCAUCGUCGCCGACCAGCGGGGCAGCGUCGAUGCCGAAGAUGAGGCGGACAGUGUAGCGGCAGCGCGCCGCGAGUCGAUGGACCAGACCGCCUUCGGCCCACUAUCGGCCGAGACCGCGGUGCUAGGGCCACGCGUGGCGGGCAUUCUGGAUGCCAUCCGCAGCGUCUGCAUCGACCGCAACGCCCGUUUCGUGAAGGGAUGCGUUCCUCUCUCCCUCCUCUCGCCCUCUUCCGGUGCCAACGCUGGCAAGGAGCUCGAUUCCACCAGCAAGACCGCGAUGACAGCGCCACCGAGUCGGCCCGGUGCGCAGAUCACCUAUCGCCCCACGUUGGGUCCUACGCUGUCGCUCUCCACGUCGGGCUUCAACCCGCCGCGCACCUUUGUCGCCCACCCCGGCGACCCACCGGUCCAGGGCAUGGAGAUGACGGUGGAGAAGACGCGAGCGGGCAUCUGCGCCUCUUCGCUGGCGAUGCAGACGUUGUGGAGCAUUGCCCGCGACGAACCUGCGCCGUCAGUCGCUGGCGACAGGUGGGAAGAGGUGCGAACCAAGAUCAUGUGGGGACUGAGGGACGACGAGCUGGCCAAGGUGCGCGUCCGCGGCGCAGUCGAGGGAUCGAGAUGGAGAGGGCGAUGCGAGUGGAUCCGCCUUUCAGCCUCGGACGCCUCUGCGCUCCCACCCAGCACGGCCGAUGGAUCAAGCACUACCAUCGCCGCGAAUGACCGGGCAAAAUGGAUCCUGAUGGACGGAGCGCACAACGCAGCAUCGGUCCUCGCGCUGCGUGACUACAUCGACGAUUGCCUCUCGCUCUCGGCCUCAACCCACCGCAUUACGAGGAUGAGGUGGUUGGUCUCCUUCAGUCAGGGCAAAGACUACCUCGACAUGCUCGCCACCCUCUUUUCGCCCGCGAACCCCAACGGCUUCAACCGCGCGUCGGUGGCGAGGCACGAGAUCGGACUCGUCGAGUUUGAACCGCCAGAGGGGAUGGCAUGGGUCCGACCCGUCACGCUUUCCGAAGGGGUGGUGGGAGAGGUGGGCAGGACGGUGCAAGACGCCAUCACCGGCGGAGCCGAGGUCGAGGUGACCCCGCUGCAGGACAUGCACGAGGCGAGGAGGUGGCUGGUCCACGACGCUCCCUUGAUCGACGAUACGGCCACCAUGCGGGUCGUCACCGGUAGCUUGUACCUCGUUGGCCAUUUCAUCCGAGACGUCGAGGCGGGUCUCUGA